UAUUUUCUUGUUUCUAGAAAUCAAGGACACAUGCCUGUUUUGCAUGAUAAAUUACAGCAUGUUUUUCUGCGAUUAAAUUGUGUAGCUUGUCUGGGCUAACGUCAAAUUCAUAUACAAUUGUUUUUUUUCAUGAUAGUUUUUUGGAAAAGUCGUUUUUAUAAUAUAUAUUAUACUACUGGUAAAUUUCCAAUUAGCGAAUUCUCAGAAAAACAACCAAUGGCUCGCCAUAGAAAUAUUAGGAAGGAAACGCAAUAUUCUGACGAUGAAUAUUACGAUGAUGAUGAUUAUUCACAUUCAUUUGAAGAUGACUGUAUCUCACCAAGUGAUGCAAUCUAUUUAUUAAACCAUAAAUCCAAAUUUGAUUCUGAUCAAGAACUAACAGAUGCUAAAGUGAAUUCUUGUCUUCAAAAAAUAACAGAACUAUUGGGCUUUGAAGUUGCUAAAGAUGUUGUAGCAGAGUACUUGAUUAAUAAUGAUUUUAGUAUAGAAAAAACUGUAGAUCAAAUUCUAAAUUCAAAAAUUGUAGAUACUUCUAAGACUAAAGAUUUGUUCGGAAGUGACGGAAGAAUUAGCAGACCUCCUUCUAUAGUUGUUGCUUCAUCAUCAAAAAAUAAAGAUAGUAUUACAGUCGGGUUUGGAAAUAUAUCUGUUUCUGGUCCUAAAAACAAAACUAUUACUGCUACACCUAAACAAACUCCAUUUAGUACACCAUAUUGUUCGCCUGCUGUAACUCCUCGAAAUCGAUCUCCUCAAAAUGUUCGUAUAGGAUCGCCUCGAGUUGAUCGAAAAUUACAAUCACCCAAAAGUAAUAAAGAUCUAAACCGAGGAUUAUCACCAGUUACCCAACAUAAAGAUCAGCUUUACUUAAUCAUUAUUGGUCAUGUAGAUGCUGGCAAAAGUACAUUAAUGGGUCAUUUGUUGUAUAAACUGGGCCACGUGCAACAACGAACUAUACAAAAAUUUGAACAUGAAAGUAAAAAAUUAGGCAAACAAAGUUUUGUUUAUGCUUGGGUGCUAGAUGAAACAGAUGAAGAAAGAAAUCGCGGUAUAACAAUGGACAUUGGUCAUUUAAAAUUUGAAACUCAGACAAAAGAUGUUACUUUAUUAGAUGCUCCAGGUCAUAAAGAUUUUAUACCAAAUAUGAUAACAGGUGCUUCUCAGGCUGAUGCAGCUAUUUUAGUAGUGGAUUCCACAAAAGGAGAAUUUGAAACGGGUUUUGAUAGCGGUGGACAAACAAGAGAACACGCUCUUCUAAUUCGAUCUUUAGGUAUAACUCAACUAGGUGUGGCUGUAAAUAAAAUGGAUACUGUUCAUUGGUCAGAAAAUCGAUUCGAGGAAAUUAAAAUAAAACUUGGUCAUUUUUUAAAACAAGCUGGUUAUAAAGAAACGGAUGUUAAGUUUGUACCUUGUUCAGGGUUAAGCGGAGAAAACCUUGCUACAAAAGCAAAUGAACCAUCACUUAUUAGUUGGUAUAAUGGUCCAUGCUUGAUGGACGUCAUUGAUAAUUUUAAACCACCAGAGCGUGCAAUUUUUAAACCUCUUAGGUUAUGUGUUAGUGAUGUAUUUAAGAGUUCUGGCUCUGGAUUUUCAAUUGUUGGUCGAGUAGAAACUGGUCAGUUAAGAGUUGGAGAUAAAGUGUUGGUGCAACCACAGGGGGAAACAGCUCAAAUUAAAUCUAUUGAAAUAGACGAAUUGCCUCAUACAGUGGCUCUAGCGGGUGAUUAUAUCAGUGUUUCAAUUACUGGUUAUGAUGCUCAAACUAUUUACUCUGGUUGUGUAAUAUGUGACUUAACACUACCAAUUCCAGUAACUACGGUUCUUGAAGCCCGAAUUGUUGUGUUUAAUGUAGACUUUCCAAUUGUCCGUGGUCAUCAAGUUGUAUUACAUUAUCAAAGUUCAUCAGAAUCAGCUAUUGUGUGCAAACUUCUUGCAGAACUUAAUAAGACUACCGGUGAAGUGAUACGUAAAAAUCCUCGCAUGAUAAAAAAGAAUACUCAUGCUCUUAUUAAGGUACAAUUGUCAAGACCAAUAUGUGUGGAAGUCUACUCAGAUAUCAGACAACUGGGUCGAGUGAUGCUAAGGUCUGCUGGUAAUACUAUAGCAGCAGGACUUGUUACUAAAGUUAAUUUUAACAAAUAAAUAGUUGAAUAUAUGUGUAUAUAUAUUUUUAAAAAAUCUUGAUAAUAUAUAUAUGUUGUAAAUAAAAUAUAAUAUGUAUGGUUAUUUUUUUGAAAAUAAUAAUUUUAUGGGAAUCAAUUUUUCUUUUUACAGAAAACCAUUAUAUUAAUAUUUUGUUUAUAAAAGUAUGAAUGUUAUUG